UUUCGCAAACCCUCUGGGAGGAGCCCCCGGGGCCACAAAACUGUCUCCUUCCCCGGGCCAGCCUGAGAGGGUCAGGGAGGCCUCGGACAGGAGCGCUGCAGACAUGGGCCGCCCGCUGCCGCCGCCGCUGCUGCUGCUGCUGCUGCUUCUGCUGGUUCAGACCUACAUUCCAGCCUCCUGGGGCCUGCGGUGCAUGCAGUGUGAGAAGACCGGGAAAUGCCAGGUGGAAGAGUGUGCCCUCCGCCAGAACCUCUGCAGGACCACGGUCCUGCGCAUAUGGGAAGGAGGCGAGGAGCUGGAGGUGGUGGAGAGAGGCUGUACCCACCCCGAGAAGACCAACAGGACCAUGAGCUAUCGAAUAGGCAUGCAGGUCAUCACCCUCACAGAGACCGUGUGUGGCUCAGACUUGUGCAACAAGCCCCACCGUGGCCGGGCUUCCAUAUUUCCCCGAAGCCGAUACCUCGAAUGUUCUUCCUGCGCCUCAUCAGACCUGAGCUGUGAGAGAGGCUGGGACAAGAGCCUGCAAUGCCGCAACCCUGGAGAACAGUGCGUGGAGGUGGUCACCCACCAGAACCUGGAAGAGGGUCCGGGCGAUGAGCGCUACACCCGCGGCUGCGGCACCCUUCCUGGCUGCCCAGGCCCCACCGGCUUCCACAACAACCACACCUUCCACUUCCUGCGGUGCUGCAACACCACCAGAUGCAAUGAGGGCCCAGUGCUGGAGCUGCAAAACCUGCCGCUGAACGGCCUCCAGUGUUACAGCUGUGAGGGGAACAGCACUCACGGGUGUUCCUCUGAAGACACUUCCCUCAUCGCCUGCCGAGGCCCCAUGAACCGAUGUCUGGAAGCCACAGGCACUAAAGGCCGGGGGAACUCAAGCUACACAGCAAGAGGCUGUGCAACUCCCUCAUGGUGCCACAGCCUCCCCGUGGCUGAGGCCUUCAGCCUGACCCAUGUCAACGUCUCGUGCCAUCCCGGAAAUGGCUCUAACUACGCAUUCAAGUCCCACAUGGGGGGUGCCCCUCGGCCUGGCCCUGCCUACUUCAGCCUCACUGUCACCCUGCUUAUGACUGCCAGACUCUGGGGAGGCACUCUCCUCUGGACCUGAACUCCACACUCCCCCUGCCUUGGCUGGAUCCAAGGGCCCCCCUUGCCCUUCCCUCAGCUCCCAGCCCUGCAGACUUGCUGUGUGACUUCAGGCCAGUGUGCUGCCCUCUCUGGGCCUCAGUUUUUCCAGCUGUCAAAACACCUAUCUCGCAGAGUUGUGAGAAGCAGGGGAGAAAAGUUGGAGAAAGGCUGCAGGCCAGCGAGAGAGCUCUUUUUAUUAAUGUUAUUGCCGCUGUUGUUAUUAUUAAUUAAUAUUUGAAUAUUUGUUUUAUUUAAUAUUUUAUACUUGAAUAAAGAUUUUUGUACC